AUGAAGGCUACGACGAAGGGGACGAAGAGGAAGGCGGAUGAUCGAGUGCACCUGAACAAGUCUUUUUUCGAAACUUGCUUCCAACACAACCCCUCCCCACCAGGUACGACCAAACCCAACACCGAAGACGAGACCGAAGACCAGGUCAUCAACCCAUCCAACAGCCAAAUCAAAGAAGAAACCAACGACUCAGCCGAAACCAGCGACAGCACCACAGCCCGCCAACUCGACGCCGCUGUCGAAGACGACAUCAAGCCCGAGACGACCACCGGCAGCGAAGUUGGAGGUUUGGAGGAGGCUGAUGUGCAGGAUAGUAUUGAGGGGGCGGAAGCUGAGGUCGCGGAGGGGGAGGGGGAGGGACACCUCUUCCAGACGGCGCGGGAGUAG